AUGACUUUUGAUCAGGCUCACAAAAGUGCCAUGACAAGUCUUUCGGUAUUUAUCAUUCCGAUAGAGUUUGUGUUUUAUACGGUUGGAUAUAAUUCAUUCAAGAGUGGUGCUGCUCGAUUGAAGAAGUUAGCCGAGGAAGAAUCUAAUAAGAAAUUGGAAAGUAAUGAUAUAAUUAAUGAAUCUGAUGGAACAAUUGAAGUAGAAUUGGUCGAUGAAGAACAUCCUAUCGUGGAGGAGCAAAAUAAGGAAGAAAUUGACGAAGAACAUCAUGUAAAUCAGGAAUUAAUCAUUGAAUCUCAACAGCCAAAUCAGGAAUUACCAAGAUUAUCAACACUGCAAAAAUUGAAACUCUAUUUCUAUAAUAAUUUAGAAAAUAUCAAAGAAUUAUUGAGAAAUUUACUUUCUCCUCCUUUAAUUUCCAUAUUUGUAGCCAUUCUAAUUGCCUUAAUUAGUCCAGUUAAGGAUUUUCUGAUAACUGAUCCUCCCAUGUUCAUUUCCUCUGUGAAAAACAUUUGUAAAGUAUUUUCACAAGCUGUUUCACCUGCUGCUUUAAUAAUUUUGGGCGGAAAUUUGGGAAUGACCUUGCUAAAAGAGGAAAACGAAACUCUUUCUAAUAAUAUAGAUACUAAUGAAGACGAAACAAAUUUGUUGAAAAGAAUUUGGAUCAAAAUGAAAGCCACUUUAAUUGGAAUUUUGAAAAUAUUCAAAAUUAAGAAAAUUCAUCCACUUGCUAUUGCAAUUUCCCUAAUUACCAAAUUAAUUAUAUUUCCAUUAAUAGGAGUUGGUUUAGUUUAUGCUGGAAUUUACCUUAAAAUCCUCCCAACAAACGAUCCCUUGCUAAUUUUAGUAAUUUUAAUUCAAUUUUCCAUGCCCAUGGCCAUGUCCUUAACUUCCCUCUCCAGUCUUUCGAAUGAUUUUGGACAAGAACAAGUUUGCGAAUUAUUACUUUGGCACUAUCUAUUGUGUCCAUUGAGUUUAUCAUUAUUUUCUGCUUGGUUCUUAUCUUUAUCUUGUCAAUUGAUGGGAGAGGAGUUUAGUGACAAGUGCAACAUAUAA